GAAUUGCGCGCGCUGGCCCUUCUUCCACCCUUACCACCCCUCACUCUUCCAUUACACUCCACUUGCUUGUCUGCAUUGUGAUAUAUAUAUAUAUAUAUUCAUUGUCUUUUCCGCAACUGUAUAAUAUUAUCCUAUCCGUUGUGUCAGAGGAACAAAAGAGAGAAGUUCGAUUAAUUUUUGGCAUGAACGCCCAGGUACCAGUCAAAUACAGCCACAGAUCCGAUCUGCAGCCAACUGCUAAAGUCACCUUAGUCACAAUUCACCCACCCCGUUAGUUCUUCCCCCUUCACACACCAACUCCUCCAAUCUGUUUUCAUUUCGACCAACAUUUUUCUUUCUCCUUCGUUCCAGUUGACUGACCAUAACCAUAAUUACAGACAACUGACCACUUUCGUUCCUUGCAUCAACUUUCUUGAUUCACGAUAUCGAAAUUCCGGAAUUCCUCGCCUGCCCACAAGUAGUAAACUUACGAUACAUUCUACCACACACCUAUAAUAUAUACGCGCCCUCAUCAUUCCAUCACUGAAACCGAAAUCGAAACGAGCGGCUGCGAUACUCCUUCAAUUAUUUUCGACAAUUUCCAUCUUCCAAUAUAUACUAAUUUUACCGCUGUUUGAAUCAAUCCGGAUUCCAUUCAUUUGUCUGUAGAAGUGGCUUACUGUCGUUUCUCAUCUCAUCCCACCCACCGCAUCAUACAUAUACAUAUACACUUACUCAAGAGAUCGUUGAACGACACAUCCAAAUCGUACGGGUAGCACAUACAUGAAUUUCGGUUUCUCGUCAACACUAUUCGAUUCCGACAUCAUUUCCGCAUUUGCCUUUCGAUUCAACCUGUGAUCCCUCUUCUAUUUUCCACAAAACUACGCUGUGGGGGUUCAACUUUCGAACCAACACUUAACUAAAAAAUGGACUACGUUCAACCCUAUCAGCACUUUUCGCAUCACCCUAAUCAUGACCAAUUAAUUUCUCAAAUGACAUCAGGCGGGGUUUACAACGACCAUCAAUACGGAUAUACCUUAUCACAACAUCAACCCAACAUGAUGAAUAUGGCUAAUGGACAAAAAACCAACGAGACGAAGCCUCGUCUAGGGAAGGAUGAAGUCGACGUCUUGGAGUUUGAAUUCAACAAGAACCCAAAGCCUACCACUCAAACCAAGCGUGGUUAUGCGGAUAGUAUGGGUGUCGAGUUGUCAAGAAUUAAUAACUGGUUCCAGAAUCGUCGAGCCAAACGCAAGCAAGAGAAGAAAACCGAAGCAUAUGAGGCUGGUCAAGCGCGGGAAGCAUUGGGAUACUCGGUCUCCGCGCCUUCAUCUCCGGAAUUUCCUCAAAGCAAUUACAAUAUCGACUAUCCAAUGGUACCCCAACAAUCUUCUUCGAUGUCAUUUCCUACAUCCGGUCCUCCACCAGCCACCGCACCUUAUAAUCCCCAAUAUCAAAACCCCACCACCGCGAGUCUCGAGUCUCUUCAACGUACCAUGGCUGCUGCUCAAGCCGGCAAUCCAAAUGGAGAGUUUUCGGGUAACUUCAAUGUACAUCACAACGAUCCUCUUCAGCUGGCAGGUAUGCUAGGUAUGGGAGAGACAUCUGAUCUUGAUCGUGCUCAAUUCCCAACUGCCAAUGCCUUCAACUAUGACGAUUCAUUCAAUUUCCAGCCUACAUUCAAUCAAAAUAUCUUCGAUGAACCAGAGCAACUAGAGCCAUUUGGCACUGGCGAAUCUGGUCAUACACCAACAGCAUUUAACACUUUCCCUGACGAAAGCAAUGCGAGAUCGCUCUCCACAGCUUCCGCUUCAUCUCAACCUUUCACGGGUGUUGUUACAUAUAGACCAGCGAAAGUUCCAUCUGUAGAUGACACCACUGACGAAGCAACACAUCAAUUUUCAUCUCCCCCACCCUCCUCGAGAUCGUUCAAGUCUCCACGUCCUCCAACAGAUCUAUUCGCCAGGCGGAAGAAGGUUCAAGUUAAACCAGCCGCCUUGGGAACCGAUACAAUGAGAAGUAGACCAGCAAUGGGACCACGGACUGUAUCAAAUGUAGAUGGAUUCCGUCGCCAAGUUGCCAGUCCUCUACCUUCACCAAUGCGCAGGAUUGUCUCAGCUGGAGGAAACGUUCUUACUGGACGUAUUCAGAAGCCUGGAAUAGAGUCUGCGCAGCGGUCACCUAUAAAUAUACACGGAUUCGAAAAUGCUGGUUCCUUCAUGGAACAACAUUACCACUUGAUUCGCCAACCUAGCUUGACAGCCGGUUCAUCUCUCACAAGUAGCUUGGCACCACCAACUCCUAUGUCGCCUAGAGAGAGGCAUAUGACACUGAAAAGAGAGAAUUCAUCGUCUCACGAAGAUGACUUAAAUUUCAUGUUCGAUUUGCCUGGCGGCCAUGAUGGUCUUCCCACUUUGAUAGACCCUAACCAGACCACCGACCAAACGCCUCCAGAGACACCCCAAGCCUCAUUAGGACUCCAACAAACAAACAUAUCCGGAUGGCCAAAUAACACUGAGCACAACAAUACAGAGCAGCACUGGAAUUACGACAUCCCAGAUGACCCUCUCUACACACCCAGCCACGAUCACUUCGCGACCGAGUUAUCAAUGCCUCAGCCUUCAUAUGCUAGCCAACCAGUAACCCCUGCUUUUGGUAGUUUCAACCAAGGAGGUCUCCUUCUAGGCAACGGUCAUGAUUCUCCACAGUUCAACAAUAACGCCAGCCCUUUGUACACAUUGUCGAAUCAUGGCGGGUCUGCUGAAUACGCCUUUCCACAUGAUGCCCUCACACCAUUCUCGAACAUUGGCUUGGUGGGCAGCUCUCCAACCAUGACAACGAAGCAGAAACAAUAUCAAUUCUCCAAUGUCACUCCCGCUGACUAUUCGGAGAAAUAAAGAGUCAAGAAAAGUCCAUUUCUGCAGUGGGGUUCUCGGGUUUGACGAAUGAGAACCGCGUUCCUAGAAUAUUCAGCAGCGUGAUUGUUUUCGGAGUUUUGAUUUAUUUGACAUUGGCAGCCGUCCUUUAUUGACGAAGCAUUGAUAUCCCACAAAUCGUAGACCAGUUCGAUUUUAAAAUAAUAAUUGGCAUUGUAUAUUAGCAACAAUUACCCGCGGGUGUUGGCAUCCAAGCGUUUCAUUUUGUACCUCCACAGUUUUUUGUUUUUUGUUUUGAAUUUUUCCAUUUGCAAUCGUUCUCACCUGGUUGGUGACACGAUUCCACUCACUUAAUUAAUAAUUUCUGGAGGACAUGGGUAUCGUGUCGUUUUUGUUAAUGUUCAUGAUAUAUAGGGGGAGAGGCAGGAGAAGGAAUGUGGAUUCGAAGAGGCGGAGAGGAAUGGAAUGGGAUGGGGAAAUGAGGGAAGGAUUAGGAAGGAAGAUAUACCCCCAAAAGCAGGCUACAUUUUGGCAAAGUCUUUUCGAUGAGUCUCAGCAGAGGAUUUUCUUUUUCUCAGAGAAAAAUUCAUUGUUUUCUUCGUUUACUUGGUGUUGGGGAUGUGAUGGCGUUUCUGGGGAGGCAGCAAUGGCGUCGACUACUGGGAAAGGGGGGAUUGGAUAUGGAUGGAUGGAUAGGCAUGGACUGAUUGAUAGGGAAAGGGGUCUUUACUUUCUGUCUGUCUGUCUGUUUGUCUUGUCUGCUCGUCUAUGUGAUGUUUGUAUAGUGCUUCACUGAAAUAGAAGACUCAUUUACA